GUGGGGUCAUACUUCGGGUACAGUGUGGCAGUGGGUGACAUGAACGGAGACAGGCUGGCGGACGUGGUUGUGGGUGCCCCGUGGUACACACACCUUCAAGGCUCUCAGGACUACGAGGUGGGGCUGGUGACACUCUACACCCAAACACCGCAGCACAACUUCCAGCUUAAAGUCAAACUCACUGGUGUCCGUUCACGCAGUCACUUCGGGUUGUCUGUUGCCUGCCUGGGUGACAUCAACAGAGACGGGUAUGAUGACCUGGCUGUAGGGGCACCCAGGGACGGUCCUAGCGGCAGGGGAGGUGUCUACAUCUUCCUAGGCAGCCCCAAAGGUCUCGACAAGAAGCCCUCACAGGUACUACUGUCGGAGUCGCUGGCGCAGGAUAGCGUGAACACCUUCGGGUGGUCUCUGGUGGCGGGCGAGGACCUGGAUGGGAACGAGUACCCCGACCUGGUAGUUGGCGCCCACGACACUAACAGCGCCUUCGUCUUCCGCACUAGACCCGUCGUGUAGGUUAACGCUACCAUUAAAUUCAAGUCCAAAAGCGGGAUAAUGGACUUAGACGUCAGGGGAUGUUCGCUUCAGGACUCUACCGAGGUGCCAUGUGUGUCUCUCCAGUACUGCCUGAGUUACACUGGUCACCGCGUCCUCAAUACCCUACGUAAGUACC